AAUAAAUAUUAUUUAAUAAAAAAUACUGUAAUUCUUUAACAUGAAUUUAAUGUUUUCCUUAAUUAGCUAAUCCCCAAACGAUUAUAUAUAGAAGCUAUAAUCAUAAUGGAUUUGCACAACAAAGAGGAACUUCCUAGCUUGUACUAAUAGCUACAGAGAGAGAAGUUCAACAAGCAUUAAUAACACCUAGUUCAUCCUUGUACUUCUCUAGCCACACUCAUGGAAGACACUUUCCUUUUGGCCACCCACAAGCGCAACCGUUCCGAUGAUGUGGACGCCGGCGAGGCAAAGAAACUCUUGCUGCACGGCAACGCCGACCCGGCGGCCGCGUUGGCGAGCGCGCGCCACGAGUUCGGCGAGCACGGCGGCGUCAACAUGUCGAUCGAGGCGUCGGCGACGUUCACGGUGAUGGAGCCGGAGACGAUGCGGCGCAUGUUCGCCGGCGAGCUGGGUCCCGAUCGCGACUUCUUCAUCUACAGCCGCCACUUCAAUCCAACGGUGCUGAACCUGAGUCGCCUCAUGGCGGCGCUGGAAGGCACGGAGGCGGCGUACUGCACCGCGAGCGGCAUGUCGGCGAUCGCCUCCGUGCUGCUGCAGCUGGGCAGCCACGGAGGACACGUGGUGGCUUCUAGAACACUCUACGGUGGGACCCACGCUCUCCUCUCGCACUUUCUUCCGCGCACGUGCAACAUAACGACGAGUUUCGUGGAUGUUGGGGAUCUGAAGAUGGUGGAUGAAGCGAUUGUGGAAGGGAAGACAAAGGUGCUCUACUUUGAGUCGGUUUCGAAUCCGACUCUGACGGUGGCAGACAUACCGGAGCUGAGUCGCCUGGCGCAUCGGAAGGGAGUGACGGUUGUGGUCGACAACACGUUUGCUCCCAUGCUGCUUUCGCCAUCUCGUCUUGGCGCCGAUGUUGUCGUUCACAGUAUCUCAAAGUUCAUCAGUGGUGGGGCCGACAUCAUCGCAGGGGCUGUGUGCGGGCCUGCAAGGCUGGUGAAUUCAAUGAUGGAUCUCCAACAGGGGGCCAUAAUGUUGUUGGGUCCAACCAUGAACGCGAAGGUGGCAUUUGAACUAUCGGAGAGAAUCCCACACUUGGGGCUAAGGAUGAAGGAACAUAGCCACCGUGCUUUGGUGUUCGCAACAAGGCUUAAGCAAUUGGGACUGAAGGUUAUCUACCCUGGUCUUGAAGACCACCCACAACAUGAGUUACUGAAAUCCAUGCACAACAAGGAUUAUGGGUAUGGUGGGCUUUUCUGCAUUGACAUGGAAACGGAGGAGAGGGCUAACAGGUUGAUGAACCACUUGCAGAACUAUGGACAAUUUGGUUUCAUGGCUGUUAGCUUGGGCUACUAUGAGACCCUCAUGUCCUGUUCUGGCAGUAGCACCAGUAGUGAGUUGAAUUCUGAGGAGAAGGACCUUGCUGGAAUCUCACCUGGUCUUGUGAGGAUGUCCAUUGGGUACAUUGGGACGUUGGAACAAAAGUGGAGCCAGCUGGAAAAGGCACUUACUAGACUUCAGGAAUGUGGGCUCUCCAACAAGAACUGAAUCUCAUCACUUUUUCAAUCGUAUAUACACUUAUUGUGAUGCUCCCUUGUGUGCAUGCACGUAUGUGUAGUUACUGUUUAUUUGUCUUUAAGUGUAAUAUGUCAGUACUCAAUAUGGAUGUACUGUACCCGUCUAAUUUAUGAAUGAAGGACAUUGUACAAUGAGCUUUCAGAUGGGUUAUCUUUGUCCAUAAUUAUUUGUAGUUAUUUAUCUUUAUACUAACCUUGAGUUAUCGGUUUUGUUCAAACAUUGGCACCCAAUAAAUCCCUCGGCUAGAC